AUGGUCACUAUGGGGCUUGGAAAGAUAGGUUUGGCGAUCCUGCUUGCUAGCCGCGCAUCCUCCACCUGUUACUACCGUGACGGCAGAAUUGCCGAAGAGGAUGAGCCAUGCCCAAACUCCAAUAGCUGCUGCCCAUCUGGUGCUACGUGCCUGGACAAUCUUCUGUGUCGCGACGAAAAUAAUUUCUUGAAUGGGUCCACUGUGACCUUUCCUGGAGGUGGUACAUACAACUAUACAGAUCUAUACCAUACAAGCUCCUGUCAGAGUCGAUCCUACGAUGGAUGCUCAAUCAAAUGCACCACAAAUGAUUCCGACUCCGGCAAGUACAUCUGGGCGUGUGAUGGCACAUUGACAAGCUACUGCUGCCACUCCGACUCCGAAAGCCUCGCUCAAUACGAUUGCUGCCAAAACGGCAGGUUCAGUCUUGCUGCGCCCAGCCAAAUCACAUCAACCACAAGCACAAUAUCAACGAGCAGUUCCUCAACCCUCUCCGGCUCAACGUCCCCCGUCUCAACUACCGCCGAGCAGUCUGCGCCAACAGCGGCAGACACCACCGAGCCACAUCCAUCCAGUUCGCUCUCGACAGGUGCCAAGGCAGGAAUUGGCGUGGGCAUAUCAGUGUUGGGGGUAAUAGCCAUCAGCUUGUCCGGUGUUCUGGUCUGCUCUCGGAGGAAGAGAGAGAAGGCCAAGGUGUGCGAGAAGGGGCUCGCUGAAAUGCCUUCCGGUCUUUACAAUAUACCGGAAAUGGAGAAUACUGCUCGUCCGGCGGAACUGGGGUCCGGGACGGAUGCUCGCAGAGUAUAUGAACUUGGUUGA